AUGCUACUCCGUGGCAAGUCCAAGGACCGCUCCUCACCGAGAAAGGUGACACCGCCGUUACCCUCAUACAUGAACAGUGGUCAGUUCGCAUCAUACCUAGCGGGCCUCCGAGAUAGUCGUGCAAACCGUCCUGGAGGGGCGCGACCACAACCGCCAUCGACGAAAUCGCACCAGGAUUCCUCAGAUCGCUUUACGACAGGGCGUCCGUCCCUUGGCGGCAGAUCUGUUCAGUCGGAAACAUCCACCAGCCACCACAUAACAAACUCCGAUACCGCGAAGCCACGAAGCAGCCGGCCUAGUAUUGCCGGGAGCGUGGCCUCUCGCUAUUCUACCAACACCAUUGCUUCUGGAAGGGACUACUACCCGGCGAGAUCAGCAGCUUCCCCUUUGAAGCCGUCCGAAGUUGUACCAAGCGCCACAUACAUCGAGCGCGGUCAGAGAUGGAUGGAGAAAGAAGAAGCCUUCUCGCUUCAUCACGCGAUGGAUGCUAUGGGAAUCAAGGACGACGACAAGGACAACAAAGACAAAGUCGCGGAUGGACAGGAAGACGAAGACGAUUCGCGCCUCUACAAUGCUGCCUUGAACGAGGCUUCAGAACUGGUAUGGCAGCAUCAGCAUGGUGUUGAACCACGCGAACCCGGUGCCCCUUACCAGUACAAGCCACACAUGCGGAAGGACAGCUACGCCCAUGCUCGUACCGCUAGCGCCGGACGAUAUGGCAAUGAUAUCGGUGCCACCGGGCUUGCGAGGGACUCAAUUCGUUCUUUCUCUGGCAGCUCCUCUGGUAGCGACGGGGCUUCUCCUACAGCCAGCGCCCGUGGCAGCAUGGAACAACAGCAACGAAACUCUUCGGCAGGGUCUGGCAAGUCCAAAUCCUACGCUGGAAUCAGUGGAGGUGUCCGUGUCAGUUCUGGUGGCCGUCGCCGCAGCAGCAUGAAACGCAACAUCAGUGGAGAAAUCAAGAGGCCAUUUUCGGGGGAUCAGAUCUGGGAGGAACCCGAAAGCAGUACCCCCGAACUGAACGCAAGACAACCUCGGAAACCAGGCCCACCGCAACCACUGAGUAGUCUCAAGACCAAGAAUGCUCCCAGCAAAGUAGAGUUCGCUGUUGAACCUGCUUCCGAGCCCACCACAUCUCCAAUCACAGCACCAACACAGCCCCUGUCUCGAUUUGACAUCCACAAGAACCCACCAUCGCAGUCUCGCAACCCAACAUACACAUCCAACAGCCCCUUUAACCGCCCACGACCCUCAAAAGACGUCCCCACGAAACAUGGAAUGGAGAUACGCGGUGAUGACAUCCGGCAGGCCACGAGCAUGCGGAUUAGGGACCGCAGCCCGAAGCUCCCUACUCCGUCUGCGGUCAGUGACAGUCCUGGGCGUCCAAUCGUAAGCUUUGAGAAACACUGGAAGGCCCCGGAAGAGGCGACUGAUCCAGAGCCAGAAGAGUCCCGCCGAGUCCCUCCCAGGGUCAAACAAGAGCGGACGGGCCAAGCCCCGCAAUCGCCUAUCCCUACUUUCACAUUUACGCCGGAUGUUCCGUCCCCGGCGCCGUCAUCGCGGUCCUCUCGCACACCGGCCAUCCCAAGUAUUCAGAUAGAUGGAGAUGAUGGGCCCCAGGUGCCUGUCAUUGCCGUCUCGGACCAUAGCCCGGCAAUCCCGACCAUUGUAUUGCCAGGCGAUGAUAGUAACAGCAAUGAGAACAACAUGCCAAACAUACCAAUCAUUGUAACACCGGACGAUGACGAGCAGCCUUCCGUCAGGCCACUGCCAACACCCAACAUCCCAGUCAUAGUGACACCCGAUGGCAACAAUAACCCUUCAGCCAGGCCGUUGCCAGACCCAAAGUCGGUUCAGCCGAGCCACCUCCGCAACGCUCGAGGAGGACGACCCCAGGGUCACUGGUCCCCUGCGCCAGGGGCAUCACGUCGCGCAACAGCAACCUGCCACGAGUGCAGACUUCCCAUCGAGGGUCGCUUCGUCGCUCUAGGUGGCGCCUCAGAGCGAUUCCACCCCCAGUGCUUCAGCUGCUACGCGUGCGGGACCGGCCUCGAGGCGCUCGAGAUCAGCCCGGAGCCCGACAGCUUCCGCAGCGAGCGGCUCGACCGGAUCCGCCGGCGGGCCGCGGGCGAGGUACUCGACGAGCAGCCCGGGCAGACGAUGGCCGAGGACGGCGACGAGCGGCUGCGCUUCUACUGCCACCUGGACUGGCACGAGCUGUUCGCCCCCCGCUGCAAGCACUGCAAGACCCCCAUCCUGGGCGAGCACGUGGUGGCGCUGGGCGCGCACUGGCACUACGGGCACUUCUUCUGCGCCGAGUGCGGCGACCCGUUCGAGCGCGGCACCACGCACAUCGAGAAGGACGGCUACGCCUGGUGCGUCGGGUGCCAGACGCGGCGCACGGAGCGGCGCGCGCCCAAGUGUAAAGCCUGCCGUGUUGCGGUUAUCGGGCAGUAUGUCGUUGCCCUUGGCGGCGAGUGGCAUGACGAGUGUUUCCGCUGUGCUGGGUGCCGCGGCGGCUUUGAUGAUGGCCAGAUCUUCCCUGUUGAGGAUUACCAGGGCCGCGGGCUUAGUGUGGUGCUUUGUACUGGGUGUCGGGCUGCGGAGCUGAAGAUGUGA